GGAGGUUUAAGCCGGCGGCCGGCAAGAUGGCGGAAUCUGCAAAUGCCACCCAUGAAGUCAUCAAUGUCACCCUCCACACUACGCUGGCUGCUACUACCAAACUGGUGGUACCUACACCUGCUAAACCUAUCCUUCCAGUCCAGACUGGAGUCCAAGCACAGCAAGAGGAGCAAUCUAGUGGCAUGACGAUUUUUUUUAGUCUUCUUGUUUUAGCUAUCUGCAUCAUAUUGGUGCAUUUACUGAUAAAAUACCGACUUCAUUUUUUACCAGAGAGUGUGGCUGUUGUUUCUUUAGGUAUCCUUAUGGGAGCUUUUAUAAAAAUCAUAGAGGCUCAAAAGCUGGCCAACUGGAAGGAAGAAGAAAUGUUUCGUCCAAAUAUGUUUUUUCUGCUUUUGCUUCCACCUAUUAUAUUUGAAUCUGGAUAUUCAUUGCACAAGGGUAAUUUUUUUCAGAACAUCGGUUCCAUCACUCUGUUUUCUGUGUUUGGCACUGCAAUAUCAGCUUUCAUUGUAGGCGGAGGAAUUUAUUUCCUGGGCCAGGCUGAUGUAAUUUAUAAACUCAACAUGACAGACAGUUUUGCAUUCGGCUCUUUAAUAUCUGCAGUUGACCCUGUGGCUACUAUUGCCAUUUUCAAUGCCCUCAAUGUGGAUCCUGUACUUAACAUGUUGGUUUUUGGAGAAAGCAUUCUCAAUGAUGCAGUCUCUAUUGUCUUGACCAACACAGCAGAAGGUUUGACAAGAGAAAAUAUGUCAGAUGUAAGUGGAUGGCAAACCUUUCUACAGGCUCUGGGAUACUUUCUUAAGAUGUUCUUCGGCUCUGCAGCACUUGGCACACUUACUGGUCUUAUUUCUGCAUUAGUGCUAAAGCACAUUGAUUUAAGGAAGACACCCUCCCUAGAGUUUGGGAUGAUGAUUAUCUUCGCUUACCUUCCUUAUGGACUUGCAGAAGGCAUCUCACUCUCAGGUAUCAUGGCAAUCCUCUUCUCUGGCAUCGUGAUGUCUCACUAUACACACCAUAACUUGUCCCCAGUUACACAGAUUUUAAUGCAGCAGACACUGAGAACUGUUGCUUUCAUGUGUGAAACGUGUGUUUUUGCAUUUCUUGGCCUGUCAAUUUUUAGUUUUCCUCACAAGUUUGAAAUGUCCUUUGUCAUCUGGUGCAUAGUACUUGUUCUGUUUGGUAGAGCAGUGAAUAUUUUCCCACUUUCCUACCUACUCAACUUUUUCCGUGAUCAUAAAAUCACCCCCAAAAUGAUGUUUAUCAUGUGGUUUAGCGGUUUACGUGGUGCAAUUCCCUAUGCCCUCAGCCUCCAUUUGGGCUUGGAACCAAUAGAGAAGCGGCAGCUCAUUGGGACAACAACAAUCAUCAUAGUGCUGUUCACAAUUUUGCUGCUGGGAGGAGGAACCAUGCCCCUCAUCAGACUGAUUGACAUUGAGGACUCCAAAGCACGCAAGAGGAACAAGAAGGACAUUAAUCUUAGCAAGACAGAAAAGAUGGGAAAUACCAUAGAAUCCGAACAUUUCGAGCUCACAGAGGAGGAAUAUGAAGCCCAGUAUAUAAAACAGCAGGACCUCAAAGGGUUUAUGUGGUUGGAUGCCAAGUAUUUGAAUCCCUUCUUCACCAGAAGACUCACACAAGAAGACUUACAUAAUGGGCGCAUACAGAUGAAAACCCUCACAAACAAAUGGUAUGAAGAGGUACGACAAGGACCCUCAGGAUCUGAAGAUGAUGAGCAAGAGCUGCUAUAGCAGACCGAGCCAGGAAUGCAAUGAGUUUAUCAUUAGAGCAUUAGAGAGAGGAUUUAGCUAUCAAGAGUCUGACUGCACAAAAGCUGGAAAACUAAGAAUGAACUCUCUGAUUUCAGGCAUGUCUUGUGCUACACGUUUAGGUAUAAAACCGCAGAUCUACUGUGCUUGAUAUUACUAAUCAGUGAUGGAAACCCGUAAGUGUCAGACACUGGACUGAAUGAAGAACCUUUUGUUCAGAUUUUACAGCAUAGCAAAUUUCAUACAGCCUAUUGAAAAGCAGAAACAUCUGCCAUGAAAUGAUGACAUUGUUUAAUGGGGAGGGUCUUCUUCCUAUUACGAAAUCUGCUGUAAAAAUAUGCUGAAGUACAGAGCCAUUGUAUGACUCUGCAAAACAGAAUGAAUUGCACUUUACUUUUUUUUUAUAUAUAUAUUCAUUCACAGCAUGGAGAGUCUUGACAGUUUAUACUGUGAAUUUGUUUCAGCACUAGUAAGGGAAUCUGACUGGAAUAAAUCUAUAAUUUAUGGGAUUUGCAUAUUAUGAAUCCAGAGAAGAUGCAUACCUUGACAAAAGCAGAUGUUGCACAUAUAAGGAAGCACCUCUGAAAACUGGUGGGUUUGUAAUAUAAAAAAAUAUCUUGGUUUCUAUUUUAUGGGAUUUUUUUUUUUUAUACUGAGGUAUCUAAUCCACAGUACUGAUUAUAGCAUGGUUUGGGGGAG